ACAUCCUAGAGGGACUCACAAUUUUGCACCCGAAAAAACAGAGGUUUGGAUGGUUGAGUUUCUCAGUGAAGGCUGGAGGUCCAGACUUCUGUGUUCAGGGUCUGGGCAGUGUGGACGCCGUUCCCUGGAACUAGGAGCGUGGGGACUUGCCUUCUGGGCCUGGCGAUAUGGGAACUUAGAGGGUGGGGUGAUGUCUGGGACUGAUUUGCUGGAGACGUUCACGCCAAAUCUCCUGUCUGGGUAUCUGAUCACUAAUGUCUCCGGAGAGGGUCUCCUGGGUCCUAGGACCAGGUAUCCUGGUGCCCGGUUCUUUGGGCAGUACCGAGGGUGCGGAGGGGGGGGCUGGAAUAGAAGGCGGAAAAUCCUGGGGGACCAGGAUAAACAUCAGUGGGCGCCCUGGUGGUUCCCGGCUCGUGGGCGGGACGAGGGGCGGGGCGGGACUCUCCACCUACCAGGGACGGAACACGCAUGCGCGCGCACACGCCCUCUUUCUUUCUUUCUCUGUUUCUGUCUGUCUCUGUCUCUUUCUCUGUCUCUCUCUGUCUCUGUCUGUCUCUGUCUGUCUGUCUGUCUGUCUGUCUCUCUCUCUCUCUCACACACACACACACACAAAUCGGCCCGGCUCCGCCCAGCCGCGCCCUGGCCCCAUCGCGCUCCGCGAUCAGCACCCAGGACAGCGCCAGCCGCCCGCGUGCGGGGGCGGGGUCCGGGCGGGGCCGGCGCCUCAGUGUCUCCCGGGAGGGUCCUGUCCAGCCGCUGAGCAGGGCGCUUGGGUGCCUUCGCAGAAAGGACUGUGAGAGCCCGCCGCCAUGUUCCCGGAGCCCUCAACCCCCGGGCCUCCAGCGCCUGACACACCUCCUGACUCGAGUCGCAUCAGCCACGGCCCUGGUGCAGCCAGAAGUGGAGGAGCUGGAGCCAGCACCAUCUGGGCCAGGGAAGCAGGUGGCAGAGAAGCAUGAGCUAGGACGCCUGCAGUACUCACUGGAUUAUGAUUUCCAGAGUGGCCAGCUGCUGGUGGGCAUCCUGCAAGCUGAGGGGUUGGCAGCCUUGGACCUGGGUGGCUCCUCCGACCCCUACGUGCGGGUCUACCUGCUGCCAGACAAGCGGAGGCGGCAUGAGACCAAGGUGCAUCGGCAGACACUGAACCCACACUUUGGGGAGACUUUUGCCUUCAAGGUCCCCUACGUGGAGCUGGGGGGCAGGGUGCUGGUCAUGGCGGUGUAUGACUUCGACCGCUUCUCCCGCAACGAUGCCAUCGGGGAGGUGCGAGUCCCCAUGAGCUCCGUGGACUUGGGGCGGCCGGUGGUGGCCUGGCGGGAGCUGCAGGCGGCUCCGCGGGAGGAGCAGGAAAAACUGGGGGACAUCUGCUUCUCCCUGCGCUAUGUCCCCACUGCCGGGAAGCUCACCGUCAUCGUCCUGGAAGCUAAAAACCUGAAGAAGAUGGACGUAGGAGGGCUGUCAGAUCCGUACGUCAAGGUCCACCUGCUGCAGGGCGGGAAAAAGGUGCGGAAGAAGAAAACGACCAUCAAGAAGAACACUCUGAACCCGUAUUACAACGAGGCCUUCAGCUUCGAGGUGCCCUGUGACCAGGUCCAGAAGGUCCAGGUGGAGCUGACUGUGCUGGACUACGACAAGCUGGGCAAGAACGAGGCCAUCGGGAGGGUGGCCGUGGGGGCAGCGGCCGGUGGGGCUGGCCUGCGGCACUGGGCAGACAUGCUGGCCAACCCCCGUCGGCCCAUUGCCCAGUGGCACUCGCUGCGGCCCCCUGACCGAGUGAGACCGCCGCCUGCGCCUUGAUCCCUACCCUCAAGCCCCUGACCCCAGACUCCUGGCCAAAGCCACGCCCAGGCCCACCUUUAAACCUUCUCUGACCGCUAACUGCCCACCCCCGACUCCUCCGCCCCAAUCUCCUGAUGCUUUCCUGCCUUCUCCCCCACCCCCAUUAUGCCAACCAUGAUAACUUGCCAACUUUCCCACCACGCACAUACCCAGAAGCCCCUGGAACCCCUGGGGGAGGGGAGCAGUCUGCCUCCCCCCAGGGUUCAGCCCUCUGCUUCGACAAUCAGUGAUCCCAGCCUGCUAUCCCCUUCGCCCCCAACGCCCCUCUUCCUGCACAAGAUCACCCACUCCUGUCCCCGGUCUGCUUCCCGCAUCACUCCUGGGACAAAAUAAAUACUCAGCAACGUU